AUGGGUGUUGUAGUGCGAGUGGACAGAAGAGAAAAAUGCAACUCAUAUGCCAGUAAGUUAGAUAGAAAAUAAAUAAAAUUAUUUCAUAAAAUAAUGGUAAAUUAAUAUUUAUGUAGCGCCCAUUUUUGGGGAAAUUAAUAAUUUAAUUUUUUAGAAAUAAAAUAUAAAUGAUCUAGAAUAGAUGAAAGUAUAUUUAGAAAUCUCUUUUUACGAUUGUAGAUCUCAUUUAAACAUAUUUAAAAGCAGUAAGAGAAACUAUGAAACAACUCAUGAUGUUAGAUGUAUAAAUGUGCAAAUUACAUUAUGCAAUGAACUUGUAAUAUAGAGAAAGUAAAAAAAACAACAAAAAAAAUGCUAACAUUGAAUCAACCUAACUAUAUUUUCUAGUUGAUGAUGGCACUGGAGUUAUUGGCUGCACUUGCUGGAAAAAUCCAAGCAGUGGUGAGAGCAGCUGAGAUUAUUUCAUUCACUUGCCCUUUUAAAACUGAUUUGUAAACUUGAUUGCAAUAUGCGAACACUCAAAUUUUAUUCAUGCUUCGAGAGAAGCCUCUUUCACCUAACACCAAACUGGCAGCUAAGAAUCGGGACUUUAGUUUAUAAACGGUUUUAGCUAAAUCACCCCAUGCAUACAUCUGUCCUAAAUCAAGUUUCAGUUAUAUGUCUGUAAUCUUCAUUAUUUAGACAUGCUAUGUAAACUCCAAUGAAUAUUUUGCUAUAAUUGAAUCAUCUAGUUUCUUUCUUCUGUGUCCAGAUAAAGCAAGCUGCUACUUUCAAAUGAUAAUAUGUUUAUGUUUUGUUCUCAGCUCUUGAGCCAAACGUUUUUUCCAGUAGCCUGCCCCUGUCUCUCCAAGAGAAGUAUGACGAAAUACUGUCCUGCCACCUUUCAAAUACAGAGGAAGGCUACAACCUAGGUGAUCUCAUACAAGUGCGGGGCC